AGUUUUGCAGAGAGGCCCCUGGUUCGACCCUCUGCCGUCCCCACCCCGCACCCACGACGCCGGCGAUGGCGGCGACGGUGCGGUUCGGGCUCCUGGUGGCGAUGUUCCAGGCCAUGACGCGGGACCGCACGUCCGCGAAGAAGCGGGGCCGCCUCCGCACGUUCCUCGACCGCGCCUACGGGGCCAGCGGCAGGGACGACUACUUCAGCGCGCUCCGCCUCAUCCUCCCGUCCCUCGACCGCGAGCGCGGCUCCUACGGCCUCAAGGAGGCCGCCCUCGCCGCCGCGCUCGUCGAAGCGCUCGGAAUCGCCAAGGACUCCCCCGACGCCGUCCGCCUCACCAACUGGCGCCGCGGGGGCGGCGGCCGCAACGCGGGCAACUUCUCCCUCGUCGCCGCCGAGGUGCUGCAGCGGAGGCAAGGAAUGACUUCUGGUGGGUUGACAAUAAAGGAGGUUAAUGACGCACUUGAUCGUCUAUCUGCAAGUGAUACUAGGUCUGAGAAGGCUUCGGUUCUUUCAAGUAUGAUCAAGAAAACCAAUGCCCUUGAAAUGAAGUGGCUUCUCAUGAUCAUUAUUAAAGACUUGAAAUUGGGGAUCAGUGAGAAGAGCAUAUUCCAUGAAUUUCAUCCUGACGCUGAGGACUUAUUCAAUGUCACUUGUGACUUAAAAUGGGUCUGUGAAAAGCUUAAUGAUCGAAGUCAAAGGCAUAAACGUCAGGAUAUAGAAGUCGGAAAGGCUGUGAGGCCUCAGCUAGCUAUGAGAGUCGGUAACGCUUCAUCUGCAUGGAAGAAGCUUCAUGGCAAACCAGUGGUUGCUGAGUGCAAAUUUGAUGGCGAUCGUAUCCAAAUUCACAAGAAUGGGGAAGAGAUUCAUUUCUUCUCACGGACCUUUCUUGAUCAUUCUGAAUAUACAUCUGGGAUGUCCAAAUUUAUUAAGGAAAAUAUCCUGGUUGACAGGUGUAUUUUGGAUGGGGAGAUGCUUGUUUGGGAUACUGCGCUUAAUCGGUUUGCUGAAUUUGGCUCAAACCAGGAAAUAGCAAAGGCUGCUAGUGAGGGGCUGGAGACAAAUCGACAGUUGUGCUAUAUUGCUUUUGACAUUCUUUAUUCUGGAGACACUAGUGUUAUCCACCAAAGUUUGUCGGAGCGGCACGAAAUUCUGCGGAAGGUUGUCAAACCUUUAAAGGGUCGUCUUGAGAUUUUGGUCCCAACAGGUGGUCUAAACACCCAUCGCCCCCCAGAUGAACCAUGCUGGUCCAUUUUUGCUCCCAAUAUUGAAGACGUUGAGAAAUUCUUCAAGGAGACUGUCGAAAACAGAGAUGAGGGAAUUGUACUAAAGGACCUUGAUUCCAAAUGGGAACCUGGUGAUCGAACUGGAAAGUGGCUUAAACUAAAGCCUGAUUAUAUACAUGCUGGUGCUGAUCUGGAUGUUAUUAUUAUAGGUGGAUAUUAUGGAUCAGGGCGUCGAGGAGGAGAGGUUGCACAGUUUUUAGUUGGUCUUGCAGUGUCUUCAGAUGAUAAUAGUCACCCCAAAAGAUUUCUUUCAUUUUGUCGAGUCGGUACUGGUCUCUCCGAUGAAGAACUUGCCACUCUAGUCGCGAAACUGAAGCCCCACUUUAGUGGAACCCCCAAAAAAACACCCAGAUUUUAUGAAGUAACAAACAAUUCGAAGGAGCGGCCAGAUGUUUGGAUAGAAAGCCCUGAUAAGUCAGUCAUACUAUCUAUAACAAGUGAUAUUCGAACAAUUAAAUCCGAGGUUUUUGCUGCCCCAUACUGCUUGAGGUUCCCCCGCAUUCAACGAGUGAGAUAUGAUAAGCCAUGGCACGAGUGCCUUGAUGUGCAAUCAUUUGUGGAGAUCGUGCACUCAAGUAAUGGGUCAAUGCACAAGGCAGAAGAUGAUAAGAGUCUGAAAAAUGACAACUUACAGAACCCAAAAAUAAACAAAAGGGGGGAGAAGAAGAAUGUAUCAAUCAUCCCUUCACAUCUUAUGAAGACUGACAUAUCAGGCUUAAAGGGCGAAACCCUGAUAUUUGCAAACACGAUGUUCUAUUUUGUCAACACCCCUCCGUCAUAUAACCUCGACUAUUUCCAUAAACUGGUUGUGGAGAAUGGAGGAUCUUUCUCGAUGAAUCUUAAUGACUCUGUUACUCACUGCAUAGCAGCGGAGAAGAAAGGUAUCAAAUAUCAGGCGGCCAUACGCCACGGAAGGAUCAUUCAUUAUUCCUGGAUCUUGGACUGUUGCAAGCAAAAAAUACUUCUUCGUUUGCAACCCAAGUAUAUCCUCUUUCUUGCAGAUUUUGCCAGGCACAAAUUUCCUGAAGAGAUCGACUCGUAUGCAGAUUUUUACUACUGGGACAUCGAUGUUUCUGACCUGAAGCAGAUAUUCAUCAACAUGGACAAAGUUACUGUCGAUCCAAGCAUGGUACACCGGUACAAAAAGAAGUAUUAUGCAGAUGAAAGAUUCUGCUUCUUCCAGGGUUGCUGCGUUUACUUGUAUCAUGCACCUUUAGUGAACGAGGACUACAAUGUAAUAUCUGAUCUUGCACUAAAGAGGGUGAAGCAGGACCUUACAAUGCAUGGUGGUCAGUAUUGCAGCAGCCUUGCUCCUGCUACCCAUUUGGUUAUAGUUUCAGUUCUUGAGGUGUACAAUUUUGACAUAUUGUACAAGAGCUUCUCUCCAGCUGAGAGGCGUUACCUACACGACAAAAGAUUGCAUGUUGUCAGUAACAAGUGGUUAGAAGAUUCAGUGGAGAAACAAAUGAAAUUGCCUGAAACCGCCUACAACCUUAAACCGGAUACAUUAGAAGAAAUACAAAUCGAAAGGAGUGAGGAAAAGGCCCAGCCCUCUAAUGACAAGACUGCUGAAAAUGAGGAGGUUGAAAUAUCUCAUGUUAAACAUGCAAGGAAAAGGGGCAGGGCGACAAGCAGUAGUUCGAGAACUGUACGGGCUGCUCCUAGGCCAGUCCGAACAACAAGGGCUAGAAGAGGAAAUAAGCAGGCAAAAAUAGAUGAUGGUGAACCUGAAGAAGACGGUCCUGGUGAAACAGGUCAAGAUGAUGAAAAGUCGAACACAGAUCCCAUCUCCAGGAUGGAAGAAGAUAGCAGUGACAAGCACCAACGACCACCUCGAGCUGCUCCUAGACCAGUUCGAAGAACAAGUGCUAGAAGAGGAACCCGGCAAGCGAAAAUAGACUAUCGUGAAUCUGACGAAAGCGGCCCUGGUGAAACAGGUGAAGAAGAUCAAAAGGUUGGCACAGAUGCUGUCGUAAAGAUGGAAGAAGAUAGCCUGGAUGAAAACCAAGGACCGCCUGCAGGGGCCCAGUUCAUCACAUUGGACGAUCGAGAGCCCACAGUCGUCAAACUGAGUGCCGCAGAGGAGAAGACAGGCAGUCCAAAGUUCGAAAGCAAAGGAACUUCCCAAAGAACAGACGCUGGUGAAGGAGAGAGCAUGGCAGGUGAGAAGAUAGAACAGAUGGUUGAUCCUCUGCACGCGAUGCUCCUCGACAUGAUACCGUCGCUUAGGGAAGAAGCGAGCAGCGAUCCCCCAGCCAAAGUCGAGCAUGAUCCGCCGCGUGUGAGAAGUUCCAUGUCGGAUAACAGGGCUCCGGUGCCUGAGACAGGUGGUUCUGCAUCCAAUCCCGUGGCUCCGGCACCGCCGGCAGGAAGUUCGUCAUACAGUGCGGGGGUUCCAGCCCCAGAUCCAAAUCCCGCGGCUCCCAAGAAGAAAAAGGUGAGCUACAAAGAUCUGGCCGACGAGUUUCUGAAAGAUUGGUGAGAGUGCUUCGGCUCUGUGGGCUCGGGGUAGCACGUACGCCGUACGUCUUUUUCACCGUUUCCACGGUCCUGUAAAUAUGACAGAUGCUUGUAACCAUCAACCUUGUCCGUACCAUGGCCCUAGUUAUCUCGUGGAGUGAGAGCAUAGCAGAGACUGUGAGUUGUGCCUGAAAAAA